CAAACCCUCCAAUCCCCUUCACAUUCAAAAACCCAUAUUCAUAAACCUCUUUAAUUCACUUAAAGCUUCCUCAUUUCCAAAUCCCAUGGCCAAAAUUUCCCUUCUUUGCCUCAUUUUGGCCCAGAUCUUGCUGAUUCAAGCAAUGGCUUCGACUGCCACAACCACGACUCGCCAUGUGUCGGCGGCCCCGGAGCCAUCGGAGACCGACAACAUAGAAGGACCUGGACUGGCGGAGGCGCCGGAGAUCCGACGCCUGGGAAAACACCACGGCGAUAAGUCCGUGGCCGGCGGGGGUGUCAUCAUUGGCAGCCUUGUUACGGCAGUUUUUGCAGCUGUUUUUUGUUACAUUCGGGUUACUAGAAAAAGAGAUGGGGUUGAUUCGGUUCAUUGAGUUUUUUUUUUUUUUUUUUUUUUUUAAUUUUUUUAUUACUGAUAUUGAAGUGAAUAGUGAAGUGGGUUAGUUUUUGGUUAUAAAAUCUCUUGCGAGAAUAUUCUAAUUCGUUUUGUAAAGCAAAAGUUUCAUUCGUUUUGAAGCCUAAAAACGCUGAAAGAUUUUGAGCAUUUGGAAGCCAAUGGGUAAAUGUUCAUUCGAAUGGUGGCAUGCACCCAUCUACUUCGCCGUCUCUGUAGUCUUAGCCUUCUUCGCCAUCUCCACAGCUCUGAACUCCACGGCUACUUCCCACUCUGCAACUCCGCCGAUCAAAGCCGUCGCCGACGAACUCUCCAUAAACGCAUCACGAGCCUUAAGAAGAGCCGGUUUCAACACCAUUGCCACGCUCCUUCAGGUCUCCCCUGAACACUUCUUCUCCCCUCAAAACUCCACCAUUUUCGCCAUUAAAGAUUCCGCCAUCUCCAACACCUCUCUACCUCCAUGGCUCCUCAAGAAUCUUGUUCAAUACCACACUUCCCCUUCUAAGCUUUCUAUGGCUGACUUGUUAAAGAAGCCUCAAGGGGUCUGUCUACCGACCCUUUUGGCGCCAAAGAAAAUUGCUAUUACUAGAAUGGAUUCCACUGCUAGAUUGGUUGAGAUCAAUCAUGUUCUUGUUACAGACCCUGAUAUUUUUCUUGGUGGAAAUGUUUCCAUUCAUGGCGUUCUUGGGCCAUUUUCUCCUUUGGAUCCUCUCGAUGUUCAUCAGGGAUGGAGCUUUAUUCAAGCGCCGUUCUGUGAUUCAACCGCUACUUUAAUUUCAGAUUCUCUUGAAAACAAGAAGGGGGUUGAAGUUGAAUGGAGAAGAAUCAUACGGUGGCUCAGUGCAAAUGGGUUUGUUUCUUACGCAAUCGGAUUGCAAUCUGUUCUCGAAGGGAUUCUUCAAGAUUUCGAAGGAUUGAGAUCGAUUACCGUUUUUGCACCGCCGAAUUUGGCCUCUGUGGCAUCUUCAUCGCCUGUUCUGACGCGAGCAGUGAGGCUUCACAUUGUUCCUCGAAUGGUUACAUACAAAUUCCUCGCUUCGUUGCCGGCCAGAACUUCGUUCAAGACGCUCGUCUCCGGCCAAGAUCUUCAGGUCCUCGGAGGUGUUCGGGUUCCGAGAGGAACGGUGGUCGUUAAUGGCGUGGAGAUUGUCUCGCCGGAGAUUUUCCGGUCAAGGAACUGUGUGAUCCAUGGGAUUUCCCGGUCGCUUGAGACCGCCAGUUUACCUCAUUUAUCAAGGUGACAUCUGUUCUGAUUCAGAAUUCAGAUUUUAUUGACAUGAUGAAGAACAUACAAAUACAUAGGAAGGAAAUUCUGACCUGCAAGUUCUGUACAUUAGGUUUUCGUUUCGGAAAAGAAUAAAACAAAUUGAAAUCGAAAGAGGA